CCGCCCCGCCCCGCGCGCGGGGCAGGCUGGGAGCGGCGCGGCGCGGGCCUGGUGCGGGCGGUGCGGGCCGGGCUGGCGGCGGAGCGGCAGCAGCGGGGCCGGGCGGGCGCCAUGCCGGAGCUGGCGGUGGACCGGGUGGUGGUGCACCCGCUGGUGCUGCUCAGCGUCGUCGAUCACUUCAACAGAAUAGGAAAAGUUGGAAACCAGAAACGUGUUGUCGGUGUGCUGCUGGGCUCCUGGCAGAAGAAAAUACUAGAUGUGUCCAACAGUUUUGCAGUACCUUUUGAUGAGGAUGACAAGGAUGAUACUGUGUGGUUCCUAGACCAUGACUAUCUGGAGAAUAUGUAUGGGAUGUUUAAGAAGGUCAACGCUAGAGAAAGAAUAGUCGGUUGGUACCACACAGGCCCUAAACUGCACAAGAACGACAUCGCCAUCAAUGAACUGAUGAAAAGAUACUGUCCUAACUCUGUGUUGGUGAUUAUUGAUGUGAAGCCUAAGGACCUGGGGCUGCCCACAGAAGCUUAUAUUUCGGUUGAAGAAGUUCACGAUGAUGGCACUCCAACCUCCAAGACGUUUGAGCAUGUGACUAGUGAGAUCGGAGCAGAAGAGGCAGAGGAAGUUGGUGUUGAACACUUGCUACGAGAUAUCAAGGAUACAACGGUGGGCACUCUGUCCCAGCGGAUCACGAAUCAGGUCCAUGGCUUGAAGGGACUGAACUCCAAGCUUCUGGACAUCAGGAGCUACCUAGAGAAAGUAGCCAUGGGCAAACUCCCAAUCAAUCACCAGAUCAUCUACCACCUUCAAGAUGUCUUCAACCUGCUACCGGAUGUCAACCUGCAAGAGUUUGUCAAGGCCUUCUAUCUGAAGACCAACGACCAGAUGGUGGUAGUUUACCUGGCUUCUCUUAUCCGUUCUGUGGUUGCCCUGCACAACCUCAUCAACAACAAGAUUGCCAACAGGGAUGCAGAGAAGAAAGAAGGACAAGAAAAAGAAGAAAGUAAAAAGGAGAGAAAAGAUGAGAAGGACAAGGAGAAGAGCGAUGUCAAGAAAGACGAGAAAAAGGAGAAAAAGUAAAAUGUGUAGUUUUUUUAUUUG